CCCGCCCGCCGCCGCCACCGCCCGCAGCCGCCGCGGCCCCGAGCCAGCCCGGCUCCGUGUCCGUGCCCGUGGCCGCGGACUAUGGUGGCGGCCCGGGGAGCUGCCGUCCGCCGCGGAGCGGUGCUGCUGCUGCUCGCCGCCCUCGGAUCCUUCCGUCUGCGUCUCGCCCGUGCCACAGCAUCAUGUCCCCGGAGCCUGGACUGUGCCCUGCAGCGCCGAGAGUUCUGCCCACCAGGGUCAGGUGCCUGCGGGCCCUGCCUGCCCCCCUUCCAGGAGGAUGACCACGGACACUGCGUCCAGAAGCAGCUCUCACCCAGUGGACGGACCUCCGUUCCCAGCUUGGAGGCAGAAAUCGAUUUUCUGGCAGAUGUGCUGGCCAGGCAGGAGGCUCCUCGCCACCACCCACUACAGGAUGGCAGACCCAGGGCCACCCUGGUGCCUGAUGGCGGCACACAGCGCAUGUCCAGUGGGCUGAGAGAGGGGCGUCUGCAGGGGGGUCCUGCUGGCACCAUGGCAGCUGCCACCCUGCCCACCACUGCCACGGUCCAGAAGUACCCAGUGGAGGCAUCCCCCAUCCCUGCAAAUGACAACAUGGUGCUCGGGCUGAUCGUGGUGUGCACGGUGGCCGGGAUCUCAGCGCUGAUCGUGGUGGCYGUCUGUUGGUACAGGCUGCAGAAGGAGGUCAGGCUGGCACAGAAAGCAGAUUACUCGGCCCAGCGAGCAGCCAGCCCCCUGCCCUAUGACAAGAUCUCGGUAAGGCGCCUGCGGCCCUCCUUGUGGGGCUUGUGGGAUUCGGGCCCCAGUGCUCAGCUGGAGGGAUUCCCACGCGGUAUAGGCCCCCCAUCAGCCAGGCUGGUGGCCUCCAAAGCCAAGUCUGCACAGCUGUUCCUGCUCUCUCCACAGCCUGGGGACAAGACGCUGGCUCAGAGUGCCCAGAUGUACCACUACCAGCACCAAAAGCAGCAGAUGCUCUCCCUGGAGAAGCAUAAAGAGGAGCCCAAGCUGCCRGACUCAGCAUCAUCUGAUGAGGAGAAUGAGGAUGGAGACUUCACCGUGUAUGAGUGCCCUGGGCUGGCUCCGACUGGAGAAAUGGAAGUGAGAAACCCACUGUUUGACGACUCCUCCUUACACCACUCCAACCCCAAGUCGCAGCAGUAACCCCCCCGCCCCGUCUCCUGCAGCCGAGCUCGCCACAGACUGUGCCCGGCGGGGCGGCCGUGCCAGAGAGCCACCCACAGCUGGCCGAGGGAUGCAGCCCCCACGCUGCCAGACUGUUCGAAUCCUGCCCAAUAAACACCCACCAACAGCUAUGGGGGGCGGGGAAUUGCCCCCGUUUCCAGCGUCCUUGUCCUCUUUGCUGCUGUGAUCCUGUCCUUGCCUUGCCCUUUGCUCACGGCUCUCGUGGAUGCAGAGGGCGGCUGCUGCUUUGGCACAGAAAUUGUGGGAGGCYGGGGGGGCUGCAGCACUGUCCCGUGGUAUCUGGCUUUGAGGAGGGGGCUGCUGCCCUGGCUGCAGCUAGGCUGAUGUGGAGCAGCUGGGAAGGGGCUGGAGGGAGGGUCAGAAAAUGAAAGGGCCAGGAAGGCUGGGCCUGCUCAUGCCUGGCAUCAGGGCUGACAGCCUUCCCAGAGCCCCUCAACCAGGGAUGGAGCCUUUCUCUGGAGCAGGUGACAUCACUGGGGCUUCAGUGCCCAUGCUGCCCCCUCCACCCCAGCCUGGGCRGCUCCUGGCASCAGGAUAUGCUUCAGGAGCCAGUGGCAGGAGCAGCUCGAGCAGGAGUGGCUCGAGCAGGCACUGGCAUCACUCCCCAGGAUGCUCCUUUGGAUGCUGCCCAGCACUCUGGCCCCUUUGGGGGUGCUGGGCUUCAAGAGGCUCAGGGGCUCGGACAGUCCCAGUUUCCAGCAUCAGUGCUACCAUGGCCUGGGAGCCCACACCAGGCUCUGCUGGCAGAAGAUAGGCUCUCUCAUACCACRGGCAUCAGUGGGGUAAAAGCUCAGAAAAAGGGUUCAAGGUUUUGGUUUUAGGCUUAUGUGGCCAUGGGGGAGGAAGGAACAGGACUGGAGGGAGCUGGGGUGGCUGAGAGGGGUAGCCAAAGCACAGGGACUUUGCUGUGCUGCUUCAGACCCCACAGAGCCCAUGCCCUGGCAGCAUCCCUGUGGAGUGUGGCACCAUGUGCUCUCUGGGCAUCCCUCUGUCACAGGCAACACUGCUCCAUCCCAGUCACCUGUCAGGCCUCAGACACUCCCUGCACCCCUCUGAUGCCUGUGUCCAGCGUUAUCAGCCCUCACAAAGAUAUUCUUGCUUGGAGCCCAGUGCUGCUCCUCAAAGCCCCACAAACGUGUUGGCUGUGACCCCCUCCAGUGGAAGGCCAAGGACAGGGUUUGGGUUACUUUGCACAGGUGGCUUCAUGUCUAGACCCUGUUGUGUACUGUCACGGCCACAGGUGACCUGUUGCACUCACAGGAGUCAUUGCACACUCGGGCAGACACAGGCAGGGCAGGCAGCAGUGGCAGGGAUGUGCUGAUGAGCGAUGGUGGCAUGGGACCGUCCCUGUCCCUGGCAGGGUGGCUGACGGAGGCUGUCAUGGCACAGAUUCUGUCCCCAUGUCCUGCACUCCCUUUGCCCGUGGGCUGCUGCCACUCUCCCAACACCUCUUGUCAUUGUUGUACGAAUUGUAGUUCUUUUAAAAGGAGAUUUUAUUAAACGACCAUGUUUGAGACUCA